UGAGGGACGGCCUUCGGCCCAAUGGCCAGGCAUGCUGCUGGUCUAGCGGCGGCGCAGGAGGUGCCGGGUGCGAUGGCUCCAAGCGCGGAAGGCGAGAGCGACACGCUGGGACGCAGGGCCCGCAAGGGCGUUCGGGCGCUGCUCCUGGGGCCGCCCGGUGCAGGGAAGGGCACUCAGGCUCCUCGCCUUGCUGAAACGUACUGUGUAUGCCACCUGGCCACGGGAGACAUGUUGAGGGCGAUGGUGGCUUCAGGCUCAGAGCUGGGGAAGAGGUUGAAGGAAACAAUGGAUGCUGGGAAGCUGGUGAGUGAUGAGAUGGUGGUGGAGCUGAUUGAGAAGAACCUGGAGACCCCUGUAUGCAAAAAUGGCUUCCUCUUGGAUGGGUUUCCUCGCACUGUGCGACAAGCAGAGAUGCUGGACGAGCUGAUGGGGAAGAGGAAAGAGAAACUAGAUUCAGUCAUCGAAUUCAGCAUUGCCGACUCCUUGCUCAUCCGAAGAAUCGCCGGACGGCUAAUCCACCCAGGAAGUGGCCGUUCCUACCAUGAGGAAUUCAACCCACCCAAGGUCCAUAUGAAGGAUGAUAUCACCGGGGAAUCUCUUAUCCGCCGGUCAGAUGACAACGAAGCAGCGCUGAAAACACGCCUGAAGGCUUAUCACACCCAGACCACACCACUGGUGGACUACUACUCCCGGCAUGGGAUCCAUACAGCUGUUGAUGCUUCCCAGUCUCCAGAUGUGGUUUUUGCCAGCAUUCUGGCAGCUUUCUCAAAAGCAACAAUGGCGUGAUUUCAGAUGGCAGCAGCCCACGACUACAUCAAGCACAUAUUCAACAACUCUCUCCCCCCCUCCCCAGCUUUGCUCUUGGACCGGGUGGGAUGGAAGGCCUCAUCAAAAGAGGGAAGGAAAUUGCCAGAAGUUGGGGUUCUCUCCAAAAUUGCACUACAGGGGAAAUCCUGUUUUUUAAGAAAAGCAAAAUCAGGAAGACAAGAAUAAAGUGUUGCUGCAGAGUGCUUUAAUUAUAAAAGCAAUUAUUUGCAGUCUUUCAAAGGGGAAUAUUUAGCCUUUAGGAAAGCAGGAUCUACCAAGCUUGACUGCUGGUGGUGCCUUUUCUCCUGAUGAUUUCCAGGAUUUUAGAUCGAUGGCCUCUCAGGUUCUGUUCCCAACAUGCGUUUGAGGCUGCCAUGCAAUGGGGCCUCUAACUCUGGGUUCGCCCUUUGCCUCCUGUCCUGCUGGCUUCUCUCUUAGCUGGAGAACCCUGGGUGGAAACAUCUCUCUCAACCACCCCUCUGCAGAGGCUUCCAGUAGGCAAGUCCAUACAGUGGCUCUUCUAGGAAGCUGGCUUUGGACUCGUUCUUGGGUCAAGUGAAUCUCAUCCCAGCAGCUUGGUGAGCUAAAAUGGGCUUCUAGCAGACCGUGAGGAAAGGCAUGUUUUAAGCUAUUCAUAGGCAGGGACCAAAGAAAGCAAUCUUUCUCCAAGUUUUUAAUCACAGGCAUUUGAAGCCUUUGCUUUUCUGUGGCUAACAUUUUAUUUUUUUAAUUUCAUGGACGCUUCCUCCCUCAAAAAUUGAAGGUAUAAAGCCAAGAACAACCUAUCUUGUCCCACCUCUCAAUCGGAGUGGUUGCCAAUUUCCACUUGUUCCCUUUCCUUCCUCCAGGACUGCCCUGCAGCCUCAAUAAAGUAGCUGUCAAUAUUGGACCUAA